AUGCUAGGUCGUCUAUUUAAGCAGCAACAGCUGCCUGCUCCCCUGCCACUAAACCCUCCUCAGGGCCCGGCGAAACCGGCUCCGGCGUCGGCAAAUAGCUAUGAGGAUUCUUAUACGAGAGAGAUACUAUAUGGACUGCUGUCGUUGAGCCAGAUACGGCCUCACAGUUUCAGCAGACGGCGGUUUCGGUUAGUGGUGGCGCAAGACGGCGGGAACCUUCGAUCGAAACAGGUGUUGUUUGAUUCGGCAGACCGCCAGGAUUCCGGUUUGGGCUCGGCUCCGGGCUCUGGGCCUCAUCUGGAAGCACCGCUGCCGUCUAGACCUAGAUCCCAGCUGGAUAACAAACUGAACCUCCAGAGCCCUACAAUGAGCACUCCGGCGUCGCCUAAGACUGAGGACGACCUGUUGCAGCAGUCGCUUUCGAAUUUGCUGUUUCUGCGUGGCCUGGCGUCGAAGAAUAUUCUUACAACGAAACUUCUCCAUAAUGCGUCUGAACUUAAUGAGUAUAUGUUCGGACGGGGGCUUCCGUCGUCUGAAUCGCAUACGGCAACGAAAGUGCACCUUCUUCCGCAGUUCAAUUCGGUCCACGGAUCGUUUCUGGCGGUUUUGGUGACGAAAUUGUUUCUGAUUCCUGAUAAUGGAGGCAUCAUGGGCGAAACGCUGCACGAUACUGACCCUUCAUGGCUGCCAACCCCGACGUUUCCUAUCAGAGAGACUUCUUAUUCGUUCCCGCUGUCGCUUCUGUCAAACCAGGCGUCGUCUUCUCCAGAACUGCCUUCUUUGGGUGUUUCCAAGUAUACUGUGAACAGUCGGUUUGCCAUUGGCAUUGUCAUUCCGUACUCCCAGGAACAGUCUGUGGAUGAGGUGGUGCUCCAGAAUUGGGAGGUCUUAUCGCAAUAUCUUGUAUCUUUGCAGAAAUUGGUCACCAAGAAACUCCUCAUGGUGAUCAAUUACUCCACUGUCAACGGAAUGUGCCCAUACAUAGCGAACAGACGCAUCCUGUUCCCCUCGGAACUUCUCCAAGCGGACUCUGAGCUACCUCGACAGCUCCACAAGCUCUACCGGUUGAUUCAUUUUAAUUAUAAUACUCCAAGGUUAAUUAAUUCCAAUAGCAUCAUGCGGUAUUCUGCUUCUCAUGCGGAUUCCCGUUUCAAAGCCUUGUUGGUGAAUUGGGCUUUGGAAGUGAUCAACUGGUUGGAGUUCAAAGACGGCCGCAACAUUGUCUCUUCAAACCACCCCAACUUUGCAUCGAACGCACAUUUCCAUAAUUAUCUGCAUAACCACCACAAUCUACAUUCCCAUGGCGUUCAUAACGAGUUUGAAGGAGUGCCGUCAAAUACCUUUUUGGCUAGUUUGUUUGCCCUUUUGCAUUCACUAAGAGAUCUGUUGUCUCAGACUUCUCUGGAGACAUCCGCUAAUCGGGACUCUAAGGAAGUCACCAGAAUUUUGGUCCUCAUAUUUAUUUUGAACGGGCUUAUACCCGAUGCCCAGUUUGAGGCAUGUAUCAGUGAUGAAGACUACAAGAGAAGUUUACAAUACACUGAUAGUAACGACACCACAGACGCUGAGAACUUUACGUCCCCAUCUUCUCAGGAAACUUUUUAUAAUUAUAGCCAUUGUGCUGCUGAUCGCUCCAAGAGAGUUACCACGCCAUUUUCAGACCCUUCUGCUACUCCGGGCUCGAUUCCUGAGACAGCUUCAAUCCGAGAACUCUCGCGUACGCCAGAAAUUGGCAGCACUCCUAUGGCUCAACCUAUUCCUAUCAAAAAGGCAAUCACGCUCGCGACAGCAUCGCUGCACAUACCUAUUCACGGCAAGCCUGCCAUGUCUACAUCAUCAUCCAUGGCCCAGCUUUCAUCUUCGCUCAAUUCCUCGCUUUCAUCGAGUGCUUCUAAUUAUUCUUUCUCGAAGUUCGGCUCGUCAUUCCUUGAUAAGUGGAGAAAUUCGUUCGUUCCUGGGCCUAACAAUUUACAAGAACCACAUCAUCAUAUUCACGAGGGCUUUGAUCAUCAACAUGCACCAGAUUUGAGUAAGAGGCCCUCAUACCACUCGCUUAAUUCGCCUUCUCCAGCGAUUGAACAGGAUGAUUUCCAAUGGGACGCUGCUACAACAGCCACCAGCAGAGGCAGAGCCAAGCUCUCUAGAGCUCAGUCUAUGCUUGAUUUGUUUAAUCUCACGCUGCCUGUUGAGGGACAAUCUCUGCAUUCGACAGAGUUUCCAGCUCUCAAUCUUAAGCGUUCUAGAGGCGCGAUGGUUGUUCCGCUUGCAAACGACCAUGCAAGAGGUUUGGUAGAUGUCAGCAGAGACGCUAUCCAUAGGAAAUGUGAACGUGUGAUGGACGCAAAGCUCACGUAUGGUGAGCUUAACAACAACACUAUGGAAGUCAACUUUGACAGUCAUGAUGACGAGAAAGUCUACAAGCAGAGACCUCUUUUGCCCAAUGUUGCGUUUGUCGAAGAGUUCAGACCAGAAUACACCAUGCAGCUGUGUCCAGUUAGUCUGAAGCUUGAAGCACAGGUCACCACUGCAAUGAAGAACGACUUGCUAUUCUACCACAACGAUUGUGGUUACUCUAAGGUCACGACAAGGUCGGUCGUGAUUAGUUUGCGUGCUAGGGAAAUCAAGGUGAUUGAGAUGAAUGUGGGCGACAAGAAUGGCAAGGGAAGAUCUUCUUCCACGCCUGCUGGCUGGGUAGCACCUGCGCCAGCCUUUAGUCACGGUCACACGACACCACCAGUUUCUUCACAUUCACCUACAUCAUCUUAUUUCCACGGGUACCAUGAACAUAAUCACACGAACGGAAGCCACGGAAACGGUGAUAAAGGUACAAGCUACAAGACGACGAUUCGCAAGGUGUUUACUCCACAUCGUAACAGUGGUGACAGAGAACAGAUAAACAGGAUAGAGUCACUUCUAGACCGGUUGACGGAAGUCGUGGCGAAGAUCAAUGCCUACAACAACGAGGGAGCUUCUGACGAGACGAUGAAGGAUUUAAAUGGGAAACUUUUCACCACCGUUUCCAGUCUUCUACAGUGA